UUCUUGCUGUCAAAAUCGACUUCACAAAAACCAACCGGAGGAGCCAGGGAGAGAAAAUACUCUUGUGAAAUAACCGCAACCAACGCUUUCCUUUUUUUACCUUUCUAUCAUAUUCCGCAAUUCUGUGGCGUAUUCGAAACGGAAAUAAGGUUGUUUUUAAGUAAUCAAACAUGGGUGUACCAAAGUUUUUUCGCUAUAUGAGCGAAAGAUAUCCUUGUUUAUCCGAGCUGCUGCGUGAAAACCAAGUGCCAGAAUUUGAUAAUCUUUAUCUCGAUAUGAACGGGAUCAUACACAACUGCUCGCACCCGAACGAUGCAGAUAUACAUUUCCGGAUCGAUGAGGCGGGAAUAUUCGACGCGAUAUUCCAUUAUGUUGAGUUUUUGUUCAAGCUCAUAAGACCACAACAAGUUUUCUUCAUCGCCGUGGAUGGGGUGGCGCCGCGCGCCAAAAUGAACCAACAGCGAGGUCGCCGUUUCCGCUCAGCGCUUGAAGCUCAUGAACUGUUGGAAAGAGCAAAGGCGAACGGAGAUCCUAUUCCUCAAGAUAGUCCCUUCGACAGCAAUUGUAUAACACCGGGGACACCGUUUAUGGUGCGGCUACAGAAUGCGUUAGAGCAUUUCAUUCAAGUGAAGAUUGCUACUGAUCGCCUGUGGAAAGCAUGCACUGUCAUUCUCAGUGGGCAUGAGACUCCUGGCGAAGGCGAACAUAAGAUUAUGGAGUAUAUUAGACACGCGAAAGCUCAGCCCGGGUUUAACCCAAACUUACGGCAUUGUUUGUAUGGAUUGGACGCCGACUUAAUCAUGUUGGGAUUGUGUACACACGAACGCUACUUUUCGCUCUUGCGAGAGGAAGUAAAAUUUGGAAAAACCGACAAAAAAGAGACGGUCCUUAAGGAUAUUCGAUUCUACCUUUUACAUUUGACGCUGUUGAGCGAGUACCUUGAACUGGAAUUUGCUAGCGUUCGUGACCGGCUACGGUUUCCUUUCGACAUAAACAAAUUGAUUGACGAUUGGGUGCUGAUGGGGUAUUUGGUAGGAAAUGAUUUCAUUCCUCAUGUGCCACAUCUGCAUAUCAACGAAAAUGCGCUCCCCAUUCUGUAUAGUGCAUAUAAGGAUGUUUUACCCCAGAUGGAUGGAUACAUUAAUGAGGGUGGUAUAUUGAAUUUGCCCAGGCUGCAACUAUUAAUGAGACGUCUGGCGGACAUCGAUCGGCAUAUAUUUCUCGAUCGGUAUACGGAACUGAAGUAUUUGGAGUCAAAGUGUGGUAAAAAUAAUCUGGAAGCAUUUGAUGUGAAUGCGGAUGAGAUCAUUGCCUCAAGCGAAAUGGAUAAAGACUUGGUGGCACUCAUCAUGUCUUCGGAAAUGUUAGACUCCGAUGGAGAAGAUAACGAGGCACCAGUAACGCUGGACGACAUCGAAAACGAUCCCGAAUUGUUCGAGAAGGAGUUCCAAAGCUAUAAAAGAAACUACUACAUGACUAAGAUGGGAUACGCAGAUUUUACUGAGGAGGUUCGAGCGGAACAAACCGAAUGCUAUAUUCGAGCCCUCCAGUGGACGCUACACUACUACUAUCGCGGAGUAGUAUCAUGGUCAUGGUAUUACCCGCAUCAUUAUGCGCCUUUUAUCAGUGAUGUGGAUAAUUUCGCCGAUCUCAAACUAGAGUUCGACAUAGCGCGACCGUUCUUGCCUUUUCAGCAGCUACUUAGCGUGCUUCCCGCGGCUAGCCGACAACAUUUGCCGUCUGCCUAUCAUGAUCUCAUGAUCAACCCUAACAGCUCCGUAUAUGACUUCUAUCCAACGGAUUUCAGAACCGAUUUGAAUGGAAAGCAACAAGCAUGGGAAGCGGUCGUGCUGAUCCCAUUUAUUGAUGAAAAACGCUUGCUGAAAGCCAUGGCUCCGUGCGAUACGUUCCUAACGGAUGAGGAAAAGCAACGGAACGUGCAUGGACCGAUGCUUAAAUAUCAGUACGACGCAAAUCAAAAGACCCCACUUGAGGCAAAGUAUGGUUUUACGCGUAUCGACGAGCUACCAGUCAGGCGAAGCGAAAUAUGGCGGGAUAAUUUACACGUUCCUCACAACAAGUUGGUUCUUGGGCCUUCGAAAGGUGCCGUGUUGCACGGUUACGCGAAAGGAUUUCCCACGUUCAAACAUUUACCACAUCAUGGUGAACUGAAGAGUUUACAUGUAAAAAUUUUUAAUUUUGCCAGUAAGAACGACAGCAUGAUGGUUGUGCUUGAUUCACCGGUUGACCAGACAUCAGACACGGCAGAACUUGCUAAGAAUUUACUAGGUAAAAUCGUACACGUAAGCUGGCCCCACUUAAUGGAAGCCAUUGUGGUGCGGGUGUCGGAUCGAUCGAAGACGUACGAACGGAACAGCGAACCGCUGCAGACAGAUGAAAGAUCGUACAAACUAUCCUGCACAUCAAUUACCGAACACAACAACAACCGUUUGGCGAUAGAUGUCGGCACGAUCAAUCAGCUGGUGCAUGUUAGAAUUGCUAUUGGUACAGAAUAUGUUUUGGAGAAUUACGGCUUUGCGUUGCGAAAAUUGUGGAACAACAUAACCACGGCGUAUCCGGCACAAGCCAUUGUUUAUGAUCUGCAAGAUGUGAUGAAGCAGGAAAAAACAUAUCUGGAAAUGCAUGAAAUGUUUCCACAGGAAAGUGUGACAUUCCUACGUGCUUCUGAAUUCUACGGCAGCAUGGGUUACGUAGUGGAUGUUUCAGGAACAACGAAACGUGUGCAGGCAAAGCUUCUUGUUUACGAAGAGCCGGAUCUGGGCCAGGUGUUUUAUGUGCACCGUCAGUCGUUGCAGGCGUACCGGAAUGUCAAUGACACAUCUGCCAUGCUCGGCAUUUCGGUAGGACUGCUGUUACAGCUGACCGGAUCAUUGCUUGUGGCGCCCGGCGGGCACCGUGCGCUAAACGUAGGCGACAAAACGAUCAAUAUCGGAUUGCGGCUUCGAAUGAUGUCGAAGGAUGAAGAAACGGUCGGUUACUGUCGUAAGGUGAACAAAAUGUGGCUAUUUUCGGAGAAAACCGUCAAGUUGAUCGAAAUGUACCUCGAGCGGGUUCCCGAUUUGUCCGAAAAGUUCAAACGCAUGGGCAAAACCAACAUUUACUUCGAGACCGAUCUCUUUGGCGAAGGGAACGAAGGUAAGCUGAAGGAACUGAGCGAUUGGUUGAACUUGCAAGAUCACAUAAGCGCCGAACGACGGAGCUGCGGUAUCAUGUCGCUGGAACAGAAUGCAAUGCAAAAGCUAACUGAAAUCAUCGAUAAGUAUAGGGACAUGCACCAACCGAAAGUGCAGACAAUGUUUAUCGAUGCAAAGAAUUUGUAUCGGCCCGGCAUGAAGAAUGCGAAAGUGAUUGACCCGUCGGCUACAUUUGAGCUGUUGGAUCGCGUGAUCGUGGUGCAAGACAAAGAGGAUGUGCCGGUCGGUGCACGGGGUACGAUCAUCGGCAUACACCGUGUGUCCGAUCCUAAUCCGGUUCGCCGAGAAGCUAUUGGGCAAGAAGAUAUUAAUUUGGAGAUUUUAUUUGACAAACCAUUCGCUAAGGGUGCGUGUAUUAGCAAUGUUCCAAGCACUGAGAAGCGGGUAAUGCGCCUUGCACAGGGUGCCAUACUGAACAUUUCUUAUGGUAAAGCCUCGGCAGGGUAUCGUUACAAAAUACUAUGUGAUAGUAGUGCGGAGCAAGAAACUAAAGGCUUAGACUGUGUCAAAUCUAACGCAACGGCAGAUUCAAUACAACGGCGCGUGAAUGAACGUAUAGGCAAGCGCACUAACGUAUGGAACGGUAACAAUACAUUUGUUGGAACAUCGAUGGAACGGCCCGCGCAUAAAGAAACGGAUCAGCAACGAAAGAUCGAGUUCGAACGUUUGUGGAGGAAAUUAAAGGAAUCACCAAAUGGAUCGGGAACUCUUUUUGAUGAUAAUGAUGUUGAAAGCUUUGUGCAAUCAAAUCGCAACCGUUUGGGUAAUCAAAAUCGAACGUCAACUGAAAAAAGUUCUGUAGAUUGGAGAGUGAAGAGUGAAACCGUGGCGAAGAAUGAUUGGAAUAGUGUUGAGCAAUGGACUGGAGAUAAGCGCUCGGAUCAUCAGAAUAAUGAAUCUAUCCCGAGUAGAUUGGCAGCUAAAAAAGUUUCUUGGAGAACGAAAAAUGAUGUGGUUCCGAACAGUGGUUCUAAUAGUGGGGAUCAGUGGAGUGGAGAUAACAUGGCCGGUUAUUUGAAACAAAUGCUACGAAUUGAGGACACAGGAAUCCAGGAUAAGCAGAUGAGUCAACCGCCCGGUAUGACAGUACCCGCCCCAGCAAGUCUGCCCAAACCACCAAUUCAAUGGCAGAUGAUGUCAUCUGAGAAAAGUUCCUCCGAAGGCUCCUCAACCGUCCACGGCAUGCCAUCCGUAAACAUACCACAACAGCAUAUGUUACCAACAGUCGGAAAUGCACAAGUGCAGUCGGGGUUUAAAAGCAUGAUGGGUCCUCCAACCCACAUAAGCAAUCAUCAGCAACAACAGUUGCCAUAUGCGCCAAUGCAUAUCCAACCGGCAUUCCCAUCGCCCGGGAUGAACAUGAACCAACCGUUUGGUGGGUUUCAACAACCGACGAUGGUGCCUCCAUUCGUCCAGCGAAUCCGGCCUCCCAUAUACGUUGACAAUGGUGCAAUGAUGAUGAUGCAACAUCCACACACCCAGCAGCAACCACAGCCACAAAAAGCUCAAGAGCGGCAGCAAUAUCCUUGGGGCCCGAAAGGACCACAGCAUUUGAGUUACAACCAAAAUAAUCCUGCCGGAAAAGGUGCUUUUGUGCCCUUGCAGGCAAUGAAAAAGACUGCUAAAGGCAAAUCUAGGAAUAGUGAUAAUUGUGCAGCAAAUAAUAGUUUCGUAGGAAGCAAAGAUAGCACGCAACAAGCUACAGUGCCUACAACAGCACAAACAUCGAUGCCUGCUGCCACAGGUGGUAGCAAUACUUUCAAUGAGAAAAAUGCUCGCCGAAGACAAGAGGUUGAACAGAAACAAGCAGAUGUCAACCAAGGAUUCGCCAGUUUUUUGGCACAAAAAUCAGACCCAAAGAAUGGAAACACUGCUGCCGUAAAGAACGUCACAUCUAGACCGAAGACUCGCAUAGCUGCACGAUUUGGCGUAACUCCAGAUGGAUAAGUAAUGUACAGGAUGACGACGGGACGUAUUAUUCUGCUUCUCUGCGGAGUGUAUACUAUGCUAAUAGUAGUAAUAUGAUGUGCGCGCAUAUGUAAGCCAAAAUGAUGAUCUACGACUUCUCCUCGUUCUUGGCUUAAACACCACUAAGGCCAUUUCUGGCUUACUUGACUUGUAAGGUAUUAAAGAUGUUUUGACAAACUUUUAUACGAUUAAUAAUGUGUGUACCUACUAGUAGAAGAAUGAAAGGCGUACCCUGAACAACGGCAGCUAAUUGCUACAACUUUACCAUCACUAUACAAAACGAAUGUGUAAAAUACAUAAUAAUUUAGAACGAAUAGAUGAACGUUCAAAGCGACGUACAA